CUGCUGGAGAUCAAUUCUCCAGGCAGAGGUGCGCCAGACGCUUGGCAACUAUGGGGAACGUUGCGCCGGAGGGAUCCCAGGCCUCGGGGUCCGUCAUAUGCUGUUGGCUCUUCGGGUUGGUGUUGCUGCUGGUGCCGCCGCCGUUGUCAUCGCACAACCCCGUUACCCCGCCUUUAAACAGGAGUGUCAAUUCAUCCGAACCCAAGCACAAUGCCACCGCCACAUCCGUCACCACCGUCCUGGGUAGCGUGAGAUCUCUGCUGCAACAGUUCCCGGCCCUCGAGGGCCUGGUGCUAGCGUCCUGCGCUGUGGCUUUACUGUUGGUCAUCUGGCUGACAGUCAAGGUGUUCAGGUCUAGAAGAAGACUUGGGAAAACAAGGAAAUAUGACAUUAUUACAACACCAGCAGAAAAAGUAGAAAUGACACCACUUAAUGAAGACAAUGACGAUGAUGAAGAUGCAACAGUGUUUGACGUGAAAUACAGCAGGUGAAGAUUUGUGCUUAGUAACUUACAUGGAAAGCCAAACACACUGUGCCACAAUGAUCAUCUGGAAGAAAACUGGGAUUCCCUUGUCGCCUGUGUAUUAACUUUUCAUUCACUUAGUUGUGUGUAGCAAACAGAAGUAUAUAGGAAAUUAAAUUAUCAUCAUCCAGUUUAUCACCAGCACAAUAUUCACGUGUUUCCCAUGGACUUCAUAGAAGGGAUUCUUAAAAUCCAAACUCAAGGUUUUAUGGUGUAUGUUUUGAAAUGCUAUUAUUGUAUCUUAUGGUAGUAAUUUUGUAUUUGUUCUCCGACCAAAUGGUCUACCUGCACUACAAUAAUGAGGUGAAGUGGAAUUUAGAUUAAUGCUUAAAAUUAUUUCCUUGGAUUAAGUUUAGGACUUAUUCUUUGUUUUUAAAAUAAUAUGUAUUGCUAUUAGGUUGUGAUAGUUUUCAGAAACAAUAGAAAUUCAUCUAUGUUCAUUUGAGCUGAGCCUACAGUACAGAGUAGCUGCUGUGCGUUUAAAAUUCUGUCCCUUUAGAUGGUAGCAUAGUGGUUAGCACAAUACUUUACAGUACAGUACUAGCAACUUGGGUUCAUUUCCCACUGCUGCCUGUAAGGAGGUUAUAUAUUCUUCCCCUGGCCACGUGAGUUUCCUUCGGGUGCUCCGGUUUCCUCCCACAGUCCAAGGACAUAAUUGGUCAUUGUAAAUUGUCCCGUGAUUGGGCCAGGGUUAAAUAGGUGGGUUGCUGGAUGGCACAGCUUGAAGGGCCGAUUCCGUGCUGUAUCUCCAAACAAAUUUUAAAAAGUGAAACUCUAUUUUGAAAGUGGAAUGCAAUGCACAGUUGAUCAUGUAUGUUUUGCACAAAUGAAACAGGACGGAUUUUGAUCCUGUAGUUUUGAAAUGCGCCUGUAGUUGGAUAUGAAAUGUGAAACAUCACAUCUCAGCAAGUUAACACUAACCCUUCAGUACCAACACCAACCCUUCUGACUAUUCCCAGACACAGUUGUGCUUAUCUGUGUAUGCACACUUUUGGUAUUGUGAGCAAAUCAACAGAUAGGAAUCAGUAUGCAUUUGCAUUGCUAUUGUGGAUUAACAUAAGCAUACAGCAGGACCUGGCCCUGAGGAACUAGCAUUAUAUUUAUAACUUGUUGAGUAAAUAUGUUAACUUGCUUUGGUUUUUAUUAGACAAUGAAUUAGAGCUGCAUAAAUUGCUUACCAAAGGCAUUUACCAGGUAUUGAACAGUAGUGCACUGAUAACCAACUGAUUCAAGCUUUAACCAAACUAGGCUAAAUGUAUAGUAGUACUCCUGUUACAAUUUAAGACUGACAAUUUUAAAAAGACUGAAUCGAUGCUGCAGGCACUUCAAGUAGAUCUGAUUUGCUCUAAUCAUAAGCAUUUCAUGUUCAAACAGUACAUUGACAGAGCCCUUUAUAACAAAAAUCCUUGCCCAAGUCUGAAGUUAGAUUAGGGUAGGUCUACCUGAACUUUUCUUCAUAGAAGAGCACUCAUUCUUGUUACUGGUUUAUAUCGUAAAUUGGUGGUACUAUGUCAUUAGUGGUUUUCAAUAACUUUUCAUGUUGUUGUGGUUUAGUUAAACAUGCCUUAUGUUGCUCUAGACAUAAUGAUCUUUGCAAGCUAAACCCAUGAUUGGAUGAAUGCAACCAUAAAAGUCUUAGGCUAAUCACUAAAGUCUGGAGAAAGGGUUGGACAUUUUCACUAUGCAACAAAAUAGCUGUUGAGAAUGUCCUGUUAUGACUGAAGGUUGUUAACUCAAUGGAUUGCUCUCGUGAUAAGACAGCAACUGUAGAGAUUACUGUGAAAAGAGAACAAUAACUGAAAGUAAUUUUGUUAGCAUAUUUUAAAGGAAAACAACUUCUAGCACACAUUGUCUAGGAAUAGAAAUUUGAAUCCUCCCUCAACUUGUUUUUGCCUUGGUGAAGUAAGAAACACAUGUUGGUAUGAAACAAAAUGCUUGAGCACCAACUUUCCAUAAACAAUGUCAUACUUUGCAUUGCUUGUUUUAACAUGAUGAUGUAAUACUAAAGAGCGUAACCCAGAAAGGUAGACCAGUCCUGCUGGAACGACGGGCUGAUAAAAAUCAGCUGGAAUACCAUUUCUACAGAAGCAGGAACUCGCCCUCACUGCCACUCCCUCAGGUAUAAAUGUAAACUUUUUAUUUACAGAUUAUUACAGGCUAAGAGCUUGUCCUUGAACUAAUUAAGCUAUCACAUCCAUUGAAUUAUUACUCUGUCAACCUUUGUAGCAAUCUAAUUUUCUUUACACCUCCAUAGAUAAAAUGCUAAGUUGUUAAAUGCUGAACCACAAAGUCAGCACAGCUAGAGAAUGUCAAUAUUCAAUUAUGAAGAUUAUGCCACCAUGCUAAAUAUUCCCUAAAGUGCAGCCAAAGAUAGGAAGGAUGAGAUCUGCAGUUAAUCUAUUUUCACCACAAUUCAAGUGAGCAAAUUUUUAAACACUUUGCAUCCUGUACCAGACCUGCAAUCUUAGCUAUAGUGCUCAGUGUAGUCUAUUCUCACUCCACUUAAACAGUGUUUCAGCAAAUGUCCCUUUUCUGAUUGCUAUGUAUUUUCUGUGCCUGAAUGUUGACUGAGAACAGGAUGGAAAUACUUCCUGGCUCACAAUUCAGCUACUGGAAGAUGUACCAAGGGUGGGGACAGGAUUUGAUUCUUGGAAGUGUACUGAUAUAAUGUCAUCCGGAAAUAGAGAGAAACGUGGCCACUUGGGAGGAGAUGGGAAAAUGAGAAUGCUUUUAGCAUAAGGGUAACAUUUAAGCAAAGAAAGUGGAAUCUCUUUAACUUGAACAAUAUGAGCAAUGGAUUGUGGUGAGCAGGUUGAGGGGGGGGGGAAUAUUGGAUUUAAUCUGAGACAUAAGGAUGUACAGAAAAAUAGCCAGCAAUUCUGGUCUCUCUAAUAGUUACUCCUGACUGUAAAAUUGUGGGAGAUCAGAUGUAUACAGACUCAUCUAUCAGAUCUUACCAAUCAUUAUACAUGACCAGGUUUAACUUCCUCGUUUAAGUGCCAUUUUGUACUGAAUAUUGACAAUCAGAACCUCUUUGAUUAUUGACAUUUUAGUCAAUGGGCUUUUAUAUCCUUUGUAUACUAAAUCUUUCAGGAGAACUUGGAAAUGAACAGAAAUCUUAUGUGUUUGAAAUGACAAUAGAUUCAUUGUCAAUCAUGUUACUAUUGCAAGUUUUAUGUUUACAUUUUUUUAAAAAUAGGAAUAUUUUGUCUAGAUUUUAUGCAAUGUACAAUUUUCUUUUGGAAAAUAGUAAUGUUUGUAUUCAGAGCAGUAGUUUGAAGUUGGUUAAGGGAACUGAAUGUAGCAUGCAUAACUGUUGUUUAAUUUCUUCCUUCAUAAUGCCUGAAGACAAGGUGAAAUGAGCCUGGUGUUGAUGAAUGAGGACAAUCCAUGUUGGACCAUUUAUAAAACAUAAAGACCUUUGAAAAUUAUUCACUCCUAUUUUAGUGUCAAGGGUAUAAGGAUCUAUUUUGUUGAGACACAGCUUUAAGAGUUAGGCUUAAAACUUAGAUUUAAAAUUUUAAAAUUGAAAUUAAGAACUUCAAAUAAUUGGGAAGUUAAGAGAAGUGUUAUUCUUUUUGUAAAAGUUGCAGCACAAGUUGGUAGUAAGUGAGCAAUUUAACAAUUCACAGGUGAAAUUAUAAAAAGUUGCCUUGAGGAAGCACAUCUUGUCACUACCCCAUUGACACCUGUAUGUCUGAAUGACCCCCUCAUACUUGCAUUUUUAUCGGCCAGUUUUAUGCAACUUCUCUAUUCUUGGCAAUCGUUCCAGUCAACUUAGGCAUAUAUAUCAGUAAUGUUUUACAAACUGUUGUGGAUAAUGGGUGCAGAUUAAAACAUUUUAAGCCAUUAACUAGACUAAGAACUAAUACUUUUACUAAAAGUAGAAUAUAUGAUAUUAUUUCAGCUCAUGGAAUAGAUCUGUAAAUCAAGCAAUCAAGGCAGCCUUUUGUAAAGGUAAUCCAUAUACCUUUGUGAUAGACAAAAUGGAAUGAAACUGAAUAAUUUUACCCUCGUGUAAGGUAACUCUCUUUAAUCACUGAAGGUUUUUUACUUGAUUCCAGCUCUUGCUCAGUGCAGGAAAUUGGCCAAGAAUAAUUGGAACUGGAAUGAAUGAAACUAUUACUUUCCCAAAAUCUGUCUUGGUGGUUGUGCGUUCCAUGUAUGCAGACAGCCACUAGGUGGCCUUUGUGGCACAGCUGUGUCAAAAUGUGUUCCAAUCAGGAUAGACUCGGCCACAUUAGCUAAUUGUCUCAUUGUCACAUGUAAAACUCAGUAAAGCCAGCAAGCGAAUGGGAGAAACCUAUUUAAAACUGCGCUACAAGAAACUUGUCUAAAUAUUUACUUACUGGUAGAGAAGGGUAUUCUUUGGAGGGAAUUAAUUUUAAAAAAUAGUAAAAAGCUGCAGAUGCUGGAAAUCUGAAAUAAAUACAGAAAAUUAUGAUAAAUCUCAGCAAGUCAGCCAGCAUCUGUUGAAAGAAGAAAGCAAACAUUUCAGAUCUGGGAUCCUUUAUCAGACCGAGAAAGACAAUAAGUUAAUGAGGUGAGAGAGUGCCAAGGGUGAAACAAUGGGACUUAAAAUGUUGUGGCCUUUAAGGGGAGUUAAACUGCUUUGUCUUAACUACAUUAUUUCAGCCUAUUAACGAAGUUACAAGUUUAAAGUAAAUUUGUUAUCAAAGUACUUGCAGGCAUUCACAGUAGAACAAAAGAAAUACAACAGAUUCAAAGAAAAACUCUACACAGCUAAGAACAUGAGUUGUAAAAUCCUUGAGAGUUAUGGAAUCUGUUCAGUGUUGAGGUGAGUGAGGUUAUCCACUGGUUCAAAAGCCUUUAUUGUUAUUCUCCCUCUCCUGACAAGCUGAGUUUUUCCAGCAUUUUCUGCUUUAUUUUCUGUCCCCAAUUCGAUGACUAGAACACGAGACAGUGGAAAGUUCUUUUCAGUAACCUGCUCCUGACUUUGACUCAAGGCAUUAAUCUCUCUGCUGUGCUGUCACUUGCAACCUCUUGCUUUACAAGUGGACAGUGUUGCACAAUGUAAAUAUAUCUUGAAGUGCUUGUUCCCCUCCCCCCUUAUUUACCUAAUUCUAUACUUACUGGCAAUAAGAGGAGAUUGAGACCAAGGUUUUGCUAUACCUGAGUGGGGUGUGUAUACUUGAGUAGAGUCGCUGAUGCAUGCUUGUGUGCAUUUAAUUGAAAACGGCCAUCUGUGAGAAUUCUAAAGUGUCAAGGUAUGAUAAGCAGAUAUUUUUGAGAUCUGAGCUAAAUUUACAGAAACUAUAAUCCCAUAAUUUGAGUAAAAUAAUGUGGGAGUUUUCAAAUGUAGAAUUAUAAAUAUAACGUUAAUAAGUAAUUCAGAAGAAGUGCCGAGUAGUGAGAUUGUUGAGCAUGGAGAAACUGUUGCCUAUUAGCAUGAGGAGAAGCAGCAACAGAAGACUUUGUUCAUUGGGUAGGCUAGGGAAGUUAAGUACGACUGGGCAGAGCACAGAUCCAUUAGAUUGAAUCAGUCUUAGGUUUAUUAUCACUACUAUGUCAUGAUAAUUUGUUUUAUGGCAGUAUUAUAGUGCAAUACAUUAAACAAACUAUAAAUUACAAUAACAAAUGCAUAUAAAAAUAAAUUAGUCCAAAAAGCGAGCAAAAAUAAUGAGGUGGUGUUCAUGGUUGGUUCAUUGUCCGUUCAGAAAUCUGAUGGUGGAGGGGAAGAAGCUGUUCCUAAAAUGUUGACUGUGUGUCUUUAAGAUUGAAUGUUGUUUCUCUUUUUCUAAUUUAAAACAAUUAUCUGAUUGGAUUGUUUUUAUCCACUAUGAAAGUAAUUAUAAAGAAUCUACUCCAAUUGCAUUUGUCCUUACUACUGAAAUGAACAUAUAGCACAGUGAGAAACUUCAGACGAGUAGCUGAGUAGAGUGCCACUCUGAAUAUAUCAACUGGAGCAUUCUACAUCAGUUUCAAUUCCUGAUCUUAAAUUCUAGUGUUCUAUUCUCAUUAACAUUUCUGUUUGUUCUCAACAUCUGCCAUGGAAGUGAAUUGCUUCCCACUUGUGGAAAGUAACUGAUUCUAGAGAUGCUGCAAUAUAAAUAACAUUGAAGCUUUUCAGCACACUUAAUCUAUGUGCAACUGGGAGGAAAGGUCUUGGAGCAUUAUUUGCACUUAGAUCUUGCUCUUACUUUUUGCAUAGAUGAUGUUUUAGUAAUUAAUUUUCUCAGAGUAUCCACAAUUUAUAAUGCUGUUACAAUAAUUUUCAUUAUCUUGAUUAUAGAACACUAGUUGUUGACUUGUAACUAAGUUAUCUAUUUGCGAUGUAUUACACUGGAGAAUUAUGUCAGAGCAAGUAGGUGCUUGCUCUUUAUGUUGUAUUUGUCAGCUUGUUUUAUGUAGUUUCUGGAAUAAUUUACACUGGAUAAUUUGGGUAGAUUUUUAACGUAUCUUUGAAAUGAAUCUAAAAGAUAUGAAAAAGAAUCUGGAAUAUUAGCAAAUCUGUGAUUUGAUUAUCCUGGUUUUUAUUGUAAUUACUCUAACUCACUUACAAUAAAUAUCUCUACCAGA